AUGGCUACCGUUGAAGCGCCCGUCUCUCUGCGAGAUACCGUGAAUCAGAUUGACCUCGACGUGAAAUUCAACGGCGAAGAAAUCAACGGCGCAAGAAUCAAGUCGAAGCUGGGUAAUCUAUUUCGACGAAACAAUCAAUCCGGCCUCGAUGGAUCCAUUUCAAUAACGGAACAGAUGUCAAGAACCAGUACAAGUACCACUGAGGUGGAUAACGCAUCUAGCUCGACGGCGACGGGUAUCUAUACCAAUGGUGUGAAGGAGGAACUUACGAAUGGCAUACUCGAGGAAAAUGGUGCGGUUAGAGGUGUCAAGCCUACUGGUGCAUUGCGUGGUAUAAUCGAGGGAGUUGGAAGUGGCGCUUGGGAAGAUCGAACAUUUCCAUGCCAGAAACAUGAGCGUCCCUCUCGUUUCCCAGAACCUGAUGGCCCCUUGCCAUUUCCUAAAGAAAUGCGGGAUCUGGUUGCUUGGACAGAUUCCUUCGUGGAGCAUCUAGGAUGGAUAGCGUUGCGUGGAGAACAGGAUAUCACCGGAUACAAAGCAAGACUCCGUAACGCCGACAACGAAAAGAUCACGCUGACCAAAGAGAUCACGGAUUUGCAAAACCAGCUGAAAGCGGUCAACAAGACUGUCGAGAACAUGCGCCAGAAAAACGACACGUUAUCCAGCGAAAUUAAGGUCCUCGAGCUAGAUAAGGCAGCUGUUGACAAGCGAAUUGUCGAGCUCAAGGAACAAAAUAGUCAACUGGAUCAGGAACGGUGGCAAUUGAGCCAUGACAAAGAGACACUGAUAAAUGCUAACGAGAGCCUGACUCGGAUGCUCAACGAGCUGACGACAAAGUAUGAAUUGAAUGAGGACCACCUCCAUGAUUUACAGAAGAAAUUGGACGAUUUGAACGACGAGGACUUGCGUAAGAUAGAGGAGCGCGAAAGUACUAUUUUCAAGCUGCAGCAGGUCAUUACAUCUAAGCAGGAGACAAUUGACAGUCUGACUACUGCCCUCGCAGCUGCCGAAGCGGCCUUGAUCGUGGCUGAAGAUAAGGUCGACUCCUUAACCAAGAGACUCUCGCGAGCAGAGACUGCUCGAGACGAAGCGGUUGCGCAACUGAAUGAAAGUAAAGGCGAAGUUCGAACCCUGAAGGGCACUAAUGCUGGGCUUGAAGAAAAUAUCAGAGUCUUACAGCGGGACAUCGCUCACCAUGAGGAAGAUAUUGGGGUGCUCAAGGGCCAACUUGCAGAAGCGAGUACCCGUGAGAAGGAAGCACGUGCAGCCGUCGUUUCUGUGCAGGAACAUGCCCGAACCCACUGGAGCACUUUGCAGAAUAUUCGAGUGGUGGGUGGUUGGUUCCGUCAGAAUGAUUGGGAUGUGUGUGACACAGUUGUACCUGAUCCAGUUUCUGGAAGACCUUCAACUACUCACGGCAAAUAUAUUCCUCCUCAGGUUGUUCCUGGUGGUGAAACUUUCCGUGGCUUGCCUAUCCAACCUCAACCAAUUGUCCCAACAGGUACUGCCCCAGGUGGGUCUGUAGGACCUAGUCAACCUGAAAAGUUGCCAAAACCUGUAGAGACAUCAAAGCCUCCUACUCCGAUUGUCAUUCCUGAGCCAAAGCCUGUCACUCAAGGAACUAAGGAACCUGUUAGAACUACUGGUCCUGAAGCUUCUCGGCCAGUCGUAUCUGAUACUACGAGAACUUCAGCACCGACUGAAAUCCCUCAACCAAAGCCUGCCUCCAAAACUGCAGAGCCCGUCAGAGCUCCCGGUCUUGAUGUUUCUACUCCAGAAGCACCCAGCAAACCUCCAACAGUCCCGGCGUCCGUCGAAACUCCUAUACCAGGACCCAUCAAAGCUCCGGGCCUUGACGUUUCUCCCUCAGUGACCCCCCAUCAGUCGGUACCUAUCAAGUUAGACCCUGUGGAUCCAGCCCCUGCAGAUCCAGCCGCGACUAUUCAAGCUCCGACUCCUGUACAAUCAGAACCUGUCAAUACGCCGGUCCCAACCUCAGCGGCCAACCCUCAAAGCGGGCCCGAAAAUCCGGGCGAACCUGACUUGCGCGCACCCUCGCCAGCAGCCGCUCCUGCAUCUGCACAGGGUCCAGCACCAGAAACACAUGCACCAGUCGAGCAGCCCGCAAGCCCAAUUCAGGGUUCUAUUCCUAAGGAACCUGAGCUUGAGGAACAAGAAGCUGGGGAGCCAGACUUCAGCGGACCUCAGCAUGAGCCCAGCGUAGAUGAACAAGAUAGCCCUGAUAUUAGCGAGGGCGGUGACGGUGAUGAGCCAGAGGCCCAGGAUUCCACGGAAUGGGUCGUCGUGGACAUGGAGAAUGGCAAGGUGCUGAGCAUGGAGGUCCUCGCCAUGAUUGGGAGGGACGUCAUGAGCGCCAGGGACCGCACCAUCCAGAUUCUGAUGAGGAACCGCAUCGUGGAUGGCAAGGACAUGAAGGACCAGGCCCCCGGGGACGUGGAGAGGGGCAAGGGCAGGGUCAAGGACGUAAGCGUCGCCAUGAUCGUUGAUUAG